CAGCAGCAGGGAGACGGUGGGUGGAGUACAGGAAGCUGCUGUCCCCUCGAAUACGAACAUGGGUACAAUCUAACACCGGCUUAAAUCACACUACGAACCCCAAGAAGCUGCGGAGAUUUGUGGUAUAUAUAUAUAUAUAUAUAUAUAUUGUUGUUGUCCUCCUCCGGAUUGAAUUGGAAGAUUUAACCCGAUAAAGCGAGAAGAUGUCGCGGGGAGUGAUCCAGCCCAGCCAGCAGAAGCUGGCGGAGAAGCUCACCAUCCUCAACGACCGAGGCAUCGGGAUGUUGACCCGUGUUUACAAUAUCAAGAAGCAAGGACAAGUUUGGAAGGCAUGCGGCGAUCCCAAGGCCAAGCCCUCCUACCUGGUCGACAAGAACUUGGAGUCCGCCGUUAAAUUUAUUGUCAGGAAGUUCCCCGCCGUGGAGACGAGGAACAAUAACCAACAGCUCGCUCAGCUGCAGAAGGAGAAGUCGGAGAUCCUGAAGAACCUGGCGCUCUACUAUUUCACCUUCGUGGAUGUCAUGGAAUUCAAGGACCACGUGUGUGAGCUGCUGAACACCAUCGACGCCUGCCAAGUCUUCUUUGACAUUACGGUGAACUUUGACCUCACCAAGAACUACCUGGACCUGGUGGUGACGUACACCACUCUGAUGACGAUACUGUCUCGCAUAGAGGAGAGGAAGGCCAUCAUCGGGUUGUACAACUACGCCCACGAGAUGACGCACGGAGCCAGUGACCGCGAGUACCCCAGGCUGGGCCAGAUGAUCGUGGAUUACGAGAACCCGUUGAAGAAGUUGAUGGAGGAGUUUGUUCCCCACGGAAAGUCCCUGUCGGAUGCAUUGAUCAGCCUCCAGAUGGUCUAUCCCAGGAGGAAUCUGUCCGCUGACCAGUGGAGGAACGCCCAGCUGCUGUCGCUCAUCUCUGCUCCCUCCACCAUGCUCAACCCUGCACAGUCGGACACGAUGCCGUGUGAAUACCUGUCGCUGGACGCAAUGGAGAAGUGGAUUGUUUUUGGCUUCAUCCUGUGUCACGCGGUGCUGAACAGCGACGCCGCGGCGCUGUCUCUGUGGAAGCUGGCCCUGCAGAGCUCCACCUGCCUGUGUCUGUUCAGGGACGAGGUGUUCCACAUCCACAAGGCCGCGGAGGAUCUGUUCGUGAACAUCAGAGGGUACAACAAACGCAUCAACGACAUCCGAGAGUGCAAAGAGCAGGCUCUGUCUCAUGCAGGCUCGAUGCACAGAGAGAGGCGCAAGUUCCUCCGAUCGGCUCUGAAGGAGUUGGCCACUGUUUUAGCCGAUCAGCCGGGCCUACUGGGCCCUAAGGCGUUGUUCGUGUUCAUGGCGCUGUCGUUCGCACGCGACGAGAUCAUCUGGCUGCUUCGGCACGCUGACAACAUCCAGAAGAAAAGCACAGAUGACUUCAUAGACAAACACAUAGCAGAGCUGAUCUUCUACAUGGAGGAGCUCAGAGCGCACGUCAGGAAGUACGGCCCGGUGAUGCAGCGCUACUACGUCCAGUACCUGUCGGGGUUUGAUGCCGUGGUGCUGAACGAGCUGGUGCAGAACCUGUCUGUGUGUCCGGAGGACGAGUCCAUCAUCAUGUCUUCGUUUGUCAACACGAUGACGUCUCUGAGUGUCAAACAAGUGGAGGACGGAGAGGUGUUUGACUUCAGAGGCCUGAGGCUGGACUGGUUCAGACUGCAGGCCUACACCAGCGUCUCCAAGGCCAGCCUCGGUAUCGCCGAUCACAAGGAGCUCGGCAAAAUGAUGAACACCAUCAUCUUCCACACAAAGAUGGUGGACUCUCUGGUGGAGAUGCUGGUGGAGACGUCGGACCUGUCCAUCUUCUGCAGCUUCUACAGCCGUGCGUUUGAAAAGAUGUUCCAGCAGUGUUUGGAGCUGCCAUCCCAGAGCCGACACUCCAUCUGCUUCCCUCUGCUCUGCACACACUUCAUGUCCUGCACACACGAGCUCUGUCCUGAGGAGCGUCACCACAUCGGGGAUCGGAGCCUCUCGUUGUGCAACAUGUUUCUGGAUGAAAUGGCCAAACAGGCCAGAAACCUGAUCACUGACAUCUGCACUGAACAAUGUACACUCAGCGACCAGCUGCUUCCGAAGCACUGUGCGAAAACCAUCAGCCAGGCGGUGAACAAGAAGAGCAAGAAGGCGACGGGGAAGAAGGGCGAGCCGGAGCGAGAGAAGCCGGGCGUGGAGAGCAUGAGGAAGAACCGACUCCUGGUCACCAAUCUGGAUAAACUCCACACAGCACUUUCUGAACUCUGCUUCUCCAUCAACUACGUUCCCAACCUGGCGGUCUGGGAGCACACCUUCACACCCAGAGAGUACCUCACCUCGCACCUGGAGAUCCGGUUCACCAAGUCCAUCGUCGGCAUGACGAUGUACAACCAGGCGACCCAGGAGAUCGCCAAGCCCAGCGAGCUGCUGACCAGCGUGCGCGCCUACAUGACGGUGCUCCAGUCCAUCGAGAACUACGUCACCAUCGACAUCACCCGGGUCUUCAACAACGUCCUGCUGCAGCAGACGCAGCACCUGGACAGCCACGGGGAGCCCACCAUCACCAGUCUGUACACCAACUGGUACCUGGAGACGUUGCUCCGUCAGGUCAGCAACGGACACAUCGCCUACUUCCCCGCCAUGAAGGCCUUCGUCAACCUGCCCACGGAGAACGAGCUGACCUUCAACGCCGAGGAGUACUCCGACAUCUCCGAGAUGCGUUCGCUGUCUGAGCUUCUGGGUCCGUACGGCAUGAAGUUCCUCAGCGAGAGUCUGAUGUGGCACAUCUCGUCACAGGUGGCUGAGCUGAAGAAACUGGUGGUAGAAAACAUGGAGGUGUUGACCCAGAUGAGGACGAGCUUUGACAAACCAGAACACAUGGCCGCCCUCUUCAAGAAACUCACCUCUGUGGACAGCGUGCUGAAGAGAAUGACCAUCAUUGGAGUCAUCUUGUCCUUCCGCUCCCUGGCUCAGGAGGCCCUCAGAGAUGUGCUGUCCUGUCACAUUCCCUUCCUGGUCAGUUCGGUGGAGGACUUCAAGGACCACAUCCCCAGAGAGACGGACAUGAAGGUGGCCAUGAACGUCUACGAGCUGUCGUCAGCGGCGGGUUUGCCCUGCGAGAUCGACCCGGCUCUGGUGGUGGCUCUGUCCUCGCAGAAAAGCGGUGAGGCACAAACGCACGCAUUAAAAAAGCUCGUCUGUGCAGAGAACAUCAGCCCGGAGGAGGAGUACAAGAUCGCCUGUCUGCUGAUGGUGUUCGUGGCCGUUUCCUUGCCGACGCUCGCCAGCAACGUGAUGUCACAGUACAGCCCGGCCAUCGAAGGCCACUGUAACAACAUCCACUGCCUGGCCAAGGCCAUCAACCAGAUCGCCGCUGCUCUCUUCACCAUCCACAAGGGGAGCAUCGAGGACCGCCUCAAGGAGUUCCUGGCUCUGGCUUCAUCCAGCCUGUUGAAGAUCGGCCAGGAGACGGACAAGAUGACGACGCGUAACAGAGAGUCUGUCUACCUGCUUCUGGACAUGAUCGUGCAGGAGUCGCCCUUCCUGACGAUGGACCUGCUGGAGUCCUGCUUCCCUUACGUGCUGCUCCGGAACGCCUACCACGCCGUCUACAAACAGAGCAUCAGCGCCAACGCGUAGACGACGCCACGUGGACACAAACAACACACUGCAACGCACACUAAAAACACACUAAACCACGCCUACAAUGCCUCAAUGUUAAUAUUCCGACAAUAAAAAAAAAUUUAAAAAAGGCAUCGGAGCGACUUGUACACUAAAAUAAAAUGUUGACGCGCUAAAAUAAAACCGAAAGAAAACACUAAACGACGUAGAAAGACUCCCAGAAUUCAGAGCACCAAGACGCUGAAGUAAAAAAACAAACAAAAACACAAACAAACAAACAAACACGAGCUGGGUGAAGUUGGGGGAUCUUUUUAUUUUAAUCAUUGUACUUUUUCAUUGACGUUGCCGGGGACCAUUACCAUAGCAACACGUGAUAUACCAUAUGUUUUGAUUGGUAUAAAAGAACAAAAAUAUAAAUAUAUAGUAUAUAUAUAGUUGACACUAAAAUAUUCUUUUCUUUUUCCAAUGAAUGGCCAGCUGACAAACUUCUAUGUGGUGACGGAUUUAUUUGGAUGCUUACUUUGUUUUAUUUUGGGAAUGCAAAAAAUGAUGUGAUGUGGAUUAUAAUUUUUUUAAAUGUUUUUAUUUCUUUUACGGAGGAGGAUUCCUGUGUUGAUGAUGAAAGACGUGUUGCGUGUCCUCGUAAGUUUACAGACUUUUCUCUACACACAGACGGAUAAACUACGCGCUAAGCUAACCUUUCAACACACACACACACACACUUUGUAUGACAUGGUGAUGUUUUACUUUUUUUUUUUUCAAGCUUGUCGUAACUUGAAUUUUUUCGUGGGUAAAGAUAUAAUAUCUGUAUCUGUGAACUCAAUGUUUUAUUUUUUUUCACGGCGACGACAUCGAUGACGACUAUUUGCCAAAUGUGUUGACACUAAAAAGUUGUGUAAUCAGGAAGUGGUGGAGUGUUUGGGUAUUAAUGGAUGUUAAUGGAUGAAAUGCCAUUUUUUUAAGUGUGGGACGGUCUGACUGGUGAACAGAAGGGGGGGGGGGG